UUUAGUACUACGUAUCCCAGUUUGCACUUCUCCACUAUUCAAGCAGACAGAGGCACACAGAAGCGUAAGGUGUACAGUCGGUGACACUCCCCGACGUUUAAAAAGUUCGCAUAAGGACUGAGUGGGUAAACUACCAUGUUCCAGUUUUAACAUUAGAGACAAGACUGUUGUCAUUUGAUCUUGGAUAUUCAAAAUGGCAGCUGCAAAGAUAAAGUCAAACAGUCGUGCAGGGACUCUACUUCGGAGUAGAUCGGAGGGGACGCUGAUAGAUAUUGAUGAGAAUGUGACCAUCAACAACAAUAACCUUCAUGGGGGCUUUGGUUAUGAGAUUGGAAAAACCUCAGAGUGGCCUGUCUUACCGAAAGAAAUUGAAAAUCCGAAACAAACUACCAACCCCUUCUGGAAUCAGCUGGGCAGGUCAAAUCCAUUCUUAAAUGAAAUCGUCCACGCCACCACCUACGACUCUGGAGUGUCCAUGCUGAAAGAGGAUCCCUUAUCUCUGUUUGACAGUAUUAAUGAGGACUCACUCAGCACAUCCUCAGAUGAAACAAACUUCGCCCAUCUUUUAGCACCCAGACAAAACAAUUUAAACCGAUCUGGGAGGUGGAGGAGUGCCUCGGAUAUACUUGACAGCCUCGAGAAGAAGGAAGACAAAAGAACGAUGAGACUCAACUCUAAAGAAUCCUUCCUGAAUCCUGAUUUUGAGUGGUUGAAGAAUGACAGAGAAGCUUACAAAUUGGCUUGGUUGAGUCAUAGGCAGCUAACCAGGUCCUGUUUGGACCUGAGCCUAAUGAAACAAAGUCCUGGAUGGGCCCAGACUCAGGCCACAGACAUUCAAAUGCUCUGCAAAAUUGACCACAACGGAGGCUCUGUGCAGUUGCCAGACUCCAAUAUCACCGCCCAUAUUCCCCAGGGACACGUCCCCCCAGGUGAAGUGCAAGAAAUUGGCCUCAAAGUUCUUCUUGAUCCUCCCGCUGGAAUAAACAACAACUACACCACAACUCUGAGCCCUCUUUUAGAGGUCAACCUCAGUAACCAUAAUAUUUCAGGGGGCAUUUCGCUAGAGAUGAGAAUGGCUGCCAAAGUAAAAAGUGACCCCACAAGCCACGUCUUGACCUCAUUUGUGGGUCUAGUCUCUCAGAGGAAAGAGGGACCUUAUCAGAAAAUAAAAGACUGUUACAUAUACAACGACAUGUUACAGAUGAAGCUCUUUGAUUUAAAACCACGAAUGUAUGUCAUAACUGCUGCCGAGGCCACUGUUUUGGAGCCACCCGCUAUGUCAGUAUGGGAUUACUUGGAUCGCAAUAUUACGGUUGCCAUCUAUGGGCCCAAACACAUACACCCUUUGCUCAAAGUGGUGCUGGUCUUUUCAAGCCAUGAUAAUAUUCCACCGAGGCUUCCGUUCUCUGAUAUCCAUAGGGGUGACAGGAACCUGCCCCCUGUUGUCUUGGAGCUUUGGGGAAAGUAUCAGUUCAACCCACAUGGUCUUAAAGAUCUUCACAUUGCUUCUAGAGUGUUGGAUUCAAACUUCGAAGUGAAACCAGCGGAUUUGAAUAAGGAGGUUAAGCAGAAGCAGCUUGAAGCUGGAAAAGUGCUCCAUCUACCGUUAGAUCUGGUCAAGGUGAGUGGAGGUGAAAUGAGUCCCUUCAAACUCAACAUUGAGGUGAAGGAUCCAAAUAAUCUCACUUUAGGAGAUUUCUGUGUUACCUCCCCCGAAGCUGCUCCUCUGAGGUCAGAAAAACAUAAUCACAGGCGAGUAGAUCGACAAAAGGAAGUGACUCGUUCCACACCCAUUCCUGAGGAAUCGAUCCCUGAAAUCCUUUCCCAGAAGUUUCAGGACAGACCUGUGGAUUUGCAUUGGUAUGGGGUAGCAAUGAAAUCGAUUCUCAGACAACCAAGAGUGGAAUAUCUUCUGGAAUACUUCAAAGGAGAUACAAUUGCUUUGCUUUCUAAGGAAACGGUCAGAUCUGUAGGUCAGAUGAAGGUUAAGGAAUGGUACAUCGGCUUUCUUCGAGGAAGAGUUGGCUUGGUGCACUGUAAGAACUUGAAGGUCAUAACCAGGGAUCAAGUUAUUGACUUCACUGGAAUUAAUCUCACCACAUCAGUCCUCUUGGACAAUAUGACAAUUCCUUUUAAAAAACUCACCUACAUGUACUCGGCUAUUCAGACCCUGGUCACAGAGCACGUUAAGUGCUGGAGAACCUUCGCGGAGGCUCUCGGUUACUCUGAGGUCUCAAUAGAUGCCAUCUCCAGGAGACAUGCUGAAACAGAGGCAGAGAAGGUGGCUUGUGUUUUAGAAAAGCUCAAGGAAGACUGUCAUGCAGAGAAAAUCAAGAAAAAGUUCCAGCAUGAGCUUAUUAUGGGGCUGUUAAAGAUGGAUGUUCAAGGUGUAGUAGCCCAUCUCAUCCAGGAUAUAGUGAUUCUAUCCACAGCAGUUGAGCUGGGAGUGCGAUGGCGGGAACUUGCCGAGAAACUCGGGAAGCUCUCCAAUACCCAGAUUGCUGCUUAUGAGGCACCACACAAAGGGAAAAAUGGAGAAGUUAGUACCCAGUCAAUGUGGAAGCCUGCAUAUGACUUCCUGUAUGCCUGGAGUAAGCGGUAUGGGGACGGCUACAGGGAUAUGAUCCAGGACCUUCACCUGGCCUUGGAUAAGAUGAAGAGCCCAGUGACCAAGCAGUGGAGACAGAUUACUGGAGCUCUCAUUACUGUCAACUGCAUGGAGAUCCUAAGGGCAUCCGCCUUCCUCAGAGAUUAGGAGAUGACUCUCGGAGCGCCUGCACUUCAUAUUGAGGUGAUCCUGCUGAGUUCAUACUGAUAGCUGUGCCAUAUUUUUUAAUGGAUCUGUUAUUUGAAAAGUACUGAAUAUUUGUUACUGUAUACCUGUCUGUAUAUUAUAUGUGUUGUAUUCACGUUGAAUUCACUGUGAUAAUGAAUUUGUGAAAACGCAUCUGAUUUUUAAAAGUUGUUACUAAGAGAUGGAAUCUGAAACAUUUUCAUUCUAGAUGAACUGCCUCAAGGUUACCUCCUUUCUUUGUUUCAGUUAAGCAGUUUUGCUGAACUGUAAGUAUCUGUAUCAGUAGGUUUUAAUAUUUGAAGCUGUAUGUGGAAUAUCUGGUGUAAGUGUUACAUGCUUUUAGGCCCUUCUGGAAUGUGACUCGUUACUCGUCCGUGUCAGUGUAUAUCGAUAAUUUCACUAUCCAAGGAUGUACCGUUAUACUAGUUUUAACAUCUAACAUCAUAUCUUUGUUAUAUUCAAGUAUGUUGUAUUAUACUCGAAAAUUGUAUUAAUCUAUUUUUAUAUUUUGCGUAUUUCUAACUGUCAUUUUAAAUGUACUAACUACAGUGUUUAAGAGUAAGGGUCCUUGCAAACCUUUCUUGUGUUAGAAGAGUCUUUAAAAAUCUAUAUUGCAUCUAUAUUGCUGUAUUUUUUUAAUGCCAAUACACUGAGAUUUGUCAUAAUACUUAUUGUAACCAUUUAUUUCAUGAAGGAGCUCUAUAAUAAAGGGCAAAGUUAA